UGCAACUUUAACUGCGACACUUUCCACGUAUAAGGAUGUCCACCACUACGCUGCCAGUCCUCAUCGUUGGCGCGGGCCCCACUGGUUUGGUGCUGGGUUUGACACUCGCACAGAAUGGGAUACCGUUCCGCAUCAUCGACAAGGAGACGAAGUACCACAUUGGACAGCGUGGUGCGGGUAUUCAGCCCAGGACGCUCGAAGCCUACAACCUCUUGGGUGUACUACCCGACAUCGUGGAGAAGGGGGUGCCGCACCGGCCUAUGCGCAUAUACAAGCUCCCAGGAGGAGUAGAGGUGGAGAGGUCAUUCUACCUGGUCCCCCCUGCCAAUCCUGAGCCGUCCAAACCAUACAUCAACCCUUGGUUGAUAGGGCAGGCCACAACGGAAGCAAUCUUGCGCGCGCAUCUCGAGAAGUUUGGCCACCGCGUCGAGCUCGGCACGGAACUGCGCGGGUUCGAGCAGAGUGCGGAUGGCGUGACGGUGCAGAUCGCGAGGAAGGAGGGCGAGCACGAGACCUUGGAGACUGUCACUUGCCGCUGGCUGGUUGGUGCUGAUGGCGGAAAAGGGGUCGUGCGAAAGCAGUUGGGUUUAACUUUCCUCGGGGAGUCCCUCCAAGCCGAGCUGAUCAUCGGAGACAUCGAGGUCGGAAACUUGGACUCGGAUGUGAGUUCUUCACGUUACGCUAUACCGAACGACACGGCGGUGGUUUUACGUCCCAGUGAGGAAAAGGGCCUGUUCUUCGUUGCCGUCUCCGGCAGCGAUGUAGACUAUGCUAAAAUAAUGGCGGAUGAUGACGCGCUUUUGGAAACGAUACGGAAGGUGACGAAUAGGAACGACUUGGAGUUCGGCGUGGUGCGCUGGAAGUCCGACUACAGGCCAAGUGUUCGGAUGGUGAACAAGUUCGGUGAGGGACGUGUGUUCCUCGCAGGAGACGCGGCACACAUACACAGCCCGACAGGUGGACAGGGCCUGAACUCAGGCGUACAGGACGCGCUUAACCUGGGCUGGAAACUCGCCCUCGUCGAGAAAGGCCUCGCCACACCCUCUCUUCUAUCGACAUUCAACGAGGAGCGUCACCCCGUGAUCAAGUUCAUGCUUACCGAGACGACCGCGAUUUUCCGCCAGAGGUUCGCAGCGACCGCGACCACCCCGUUUGGCCGGGAUGGGUGGCAGCGUGGGCAGCACUUGCAGCAGCUCGGCGUGAAUUAUCGAUGGAGCUCGAUCGUCCGCGACGAGCGUGCGCCCGAUGUUGUGAAGGAGCCUAUGGAUGUGUAUGGCAUCAAUAGCGACGACGUGCCGAGGGCGGGCGAUAGGGCACCGGAUGCUCCGGGCUUGGUGGACGUCAAGGGUGGCGAUGCGACCUCCUUAUUCCGCAUCUUCUCACCCAGUCGCCACACGGUGCUCAUAUUCUCUUCCGAUGAGACCAAGGCCAAGUCUGCGCUCGACGCCCUGAAGCCGUACCCCAGAGACGUGCUGCGCUCCGUGAUCAUCUAUCCGCAGGAUGCGCAGAGCACAGCAAGCAUCGGUGGCGCGGAUCUCGUGCUUGUUGAUCGUGAUGGUUAUGCCUACUCUGACUAUGCGGUCGAAAAGGACGCGUUUACGAUCGUUGCGGUGCGUCCGGACGGCGUCAUAGGCGCCAUCGCUGCGGGGGCCGAGGGAUUGACGCAGUAUUUCCAUGGCGUCUUUUCGGCCGUGGCCUGA